UGGCAAAAACUUAGUACAUUAAUUUGGGUAAAGAAACCCUAAUUUCAUCAUUAUCCCUCUUCCACCUCGAUCCAGCUAUCAGCUUCUUCAACCGCAGCUUACUUUGUGCGAAUGGAUCUGAUCAGUCGCUCUCUCUCUCGUUUCCUCUCCUUCUCGCACUCUCUCAGGGAUCAGAUCCAGUACUUACCUCUAUCGUAUCACUCUCCAGUUCUAUCCGCUCAUCUCUGACCAAGCCCAGAAGAGUCGACGACAACAGACGACUCACAGAAGAUGACUACAACUCCCCCACUCGCAGACGAUGAUGGCGCAGCUUCUCCCCUACUCACAGUCGACGACGAUAGCUCCUUCCUUGCAAACGACAAUGACGCUGCCUUCAAGUUCUAUCCGCUCAUCUAUAUAUGGGUUUGAUGUUUUUUGUUUUGUCUUUAAAUAAUUUAUCUAUUGUUAUUUUCUUUCUGCCUUCAAGUUCAGAUCUCCAUUUCUUGAAUUUCUGUUCAAUUUGUAUUUAGUGUUUCAUAAAUAGAGAUUAAUAUUCUCUACAAUUUUUUAUUGUCUAUGUUACUCGUACAAUUUUUUUUCGUUUAUUUUAUUUUUGUUUUCUGUCCAAGUGGUAUAAACAGUAUCCAAAUCGAAAGGGUAAAUUUCUUUUGCUGACUAAUAAGUUGCAAAGAUUGUAAAAACAUUAGCUGCCACUACUAGUAAUAUAUAUAUAUGUUUGUGAAGACUCUAUUAUCUGCUAAGCUUUUGUGCCGUUAUUAAUUUUAUUUGAUUGAGAUACUGGGACUUUUUUUUAUGCUUUCUUUCGCUCGUGUUUUGGUGAGGUCUCCUUUUGUUUUUCUCGUAUAGUUUUUGUUUUUGUUUUUGUUUUCUAUGUUAUCUAGUCUUGCUGGCCGUUAUAGCUUUCUAACUGUUUUUUACUGUUUCGUUUGAUCCUGAGUCUAGAUUGUAUAAAUUUCCUUUUGAAUUUGGAUUUUGUAUGAAUUUGUCGUGCUAUUCAUUGAUUACUUGUCUAUUUAUAUAGACCAGGAUUUCUUUUAUACAUGUAAAAAAUGAGGUAUUUUGCUUGUUAUCAUGAUGUCUGGAAAAUAUCUUGGUGGCUAUUUUAACACCAAGUUUGUGAUAUUGAUUACCUGCUUCACUUUUUUUGUUGUUGUAAAUUGGUUAGUUGUUUUUGCUCAUUUUAAUUGAUUUUUUUCUUAUUUUCAGUGAUGAGAAAGGUCUAUUCUAUGCUUUAGAUCUCGGUGGUACUAAUUUCCGCGUGCUACGCGUACAGCUAGGUGGUAAAGAUCACCAUGUUGUUAGACAAGAAUUUGAUGAGGUUUCAAUUCCACCUGAUGUGAUGACUGGAUCUUCAGAGGGUUUAUUUGACUUUAUAGCCGCAGCACUUGCAAAGUUUGUUUCUGAAGAAGGUGAGGGUUUUCACCCUGCACCAGGUAGGCAAAGGGAGCUGGGCUUUACCUUUUCAUUUCCUGUGAAGCAAUUAUCGAUUUCUUCUGGGACCCUUAUGGUGAUAUGCAUUCUAUUUGAUUCUAACAUGACUCGUUUUCUUUAUUACUAUUUUGCUUUCAUGAUAGUUGUCACACGUGUUGUCGCAAGGAAAGUGAUUUGGAGAAGUGUGUUUGGAAGAGUGGAAAUAGAAGGGUUUCAAGGUAACUGGUUCAGUGUUCAAUGUUUCACAAAGAGAUCAAAGAGAAAAACUUAUGAAAGCUGUUUCAUUAAUUUUCCAAGGAAAGGUCAACAUUCUUGUAAGUUUAAUGACUUAAUUGAUUCAUAAUAAUAUUUAGAAAGGAAUAUAUUUCUGUUAUAUUGCAAUAUUAAAAUUUCAUAUAAACAUAUAUAUAUAUAUAGUAUGCCAAUGUAUGUUUUAGGUUUGGUGACUAGUUUUUUUUAGGGAUACACCAACUUUACCAAGAGAGUCCUUUUUUUAUUUCUAAGAUUCUUGAUAGUAAUCACCAAAAGUAGGCUUUUCCCUAAACAAGGUGAGAAUAUGUUAAAAUUUAUAAUAUUAUUUAUAGACCAUAUCCCUCUCUUUUAGUUAUUUUUGAUAUUACAUAUAUAUGACUGCAUUAAUGCAAAUCUAUUUUUUAUUACUGUGACAAUGCCAUAAAAAAUGUUUAUAUGUGUUUGAUUAUAAAUAUAUUUAAUUAUGUGUUUGUCCUGAAAUUAAAUUAUAAGAAAAAUGUUAGUGCUAGUUUUUCUUGUGGUCUUAUAUUGGUUACAUGCUGUUUAGUUUUCGAAAAUAUUUAGUUUUUGAUUCCAUAUUGAAAGAUGCAUAUUUAGUAUAGUUAUUCAAUCUUUCACUUGAGAAAAAUUAGGUCAUUUUUAUUGGAAUAAUGUGCGUUAACUAAUUAUAAGAUUGCAAAUUU